GUCAAAUGCAAGCUACAUUUCUAAAUACCUGUGCCAGAGUGGCUUGAACUUUGCUCACUACAAUCUCCCGUCAUCACGGCCAGGCAGGCUGAUGAGAUGUACACUUAAAAACACACACAGGCUUAGAAAUCUCCGUGUGUGCACUAGGCGAGCUGAGAGGAGCAGCAGGUGGUUGCAGUGACGUUGUUAGAACACAAGGAAGCGGAACAUCUGGGAUGGGUGGAAAGAGACGAGGCCGAGGCAGCGGCAGCAACGUCCAGCAACAACAGGCCCCGCAGAACCCAAGAGGAGGCACUCGCAGGGCUCUGCGGGAGCCAGCUGCUUUUGCCAAGUCUACAAUUUGUGAAUCGGACACUCCCCACGACAAGUUGACCAUUGCCCAAGCACGGAGGGGCACACCAGCUCAUCGUCCGGUGCGAGUCUACGCUGAUGGGAUCUUUGAUCUUUUCCAUUCGGGGCAUGCUAGAGCUUUGAUGCAGGCCAAAAAUGUGUUCCCCAACACACACCUGAUAGUCGGAGUGUGCAGCGACGAACUCACCCACAAGUUUAAGGGCUACACGGUGAUGACAGAGGAUGAACGUUAUGACGCCCUGAGGCACUGCCGUUACGUUGACGAAGUGGUGCGGGACGCUCCCUGGACCCUUUCCACAGAGUUCCUCAAAAAACAUAAGAUUGACUUUGUGGCCCAUGACGAUAUCCCUUACACCUCUGCUGGAUCAGAGGAUGUUUAUAAACACAUCAAGGAAGCAGGGAUGUUCGUGGCCACUGAGAGGACAGAAGGCAUCUCCACAUCUGACCUGAUCACUCGCAUCGUCCGUGACUAUGACAUCUAUGUUCGACGCAACCUGCAAAGAGGCUACACAGCCCGAGAUCUGAACGUUGGAUUCAUUAAUGAGAAAAAAUAUCGACUCCAGGACCAGGUGGACAAGAUGAAAGAGACAGUCCGUACGGUGGAGGAAAAGUCCAAACACUUUGUCUACAGAGUAGAAGAGAAGAGCCAAGACCUCAUCCACAAGUGGGAAGAGAAGUCGCGAGAAUUCAUCAGCAACUUUCUGGAGCUUUUUGGACCUGACGGAGCCUGGCAUGUGAUUCAGGAGCGCAGUGGGCGCAUGCUCCAGGCCCUGUCACCUUACUCUUCACCCCGUGGCUCCCCCAGCAGCAGUCCCACCAGAAGACGCUCUGUUUCUCCGGAUUCCUCCUCUGCCUUUGCCUCUUCCUCCUCUCUCUCCCCUCCUUCCUCCCCCUCCUCAUCCAAAAGGGCCACACGCUCCUCUCUUAAAGCUGCCUCCACACAUGCACAAUGAGCUCAUCAUGAUACGGUACAUAAUGUGUCCAAAGAGGCUAUUCAUUCAAAUGGAUGAAUUAAAAGGAAAUAAUUUAUUACUGGUUUAUUCAUGUGCGAUAUAUCAUAAUGUACAGUAUA